AACAGUAAGAUCAUCAUGGAGAGGUGUCCAGCAGAUACAGAGGAGUAGGGGGCACUGGUGACCUUGGCAAGAACUAAGCUGAUGGAGUGUGUGGGGGCAACCAGCCUAGAAUGGAGUGAAGGCAGAGAGAAUGAGGAUUAAAAUUAGUUAUUAAAAUAACUCUAAGAAUGUAGCUGUGAAGGGGAAGUGAGAGCGGCAGCUGGAAAGGUUUUUAAGAGCUAGACGAGGGUGGUGGUUGGAGGAGUUGCUCCCAAUCUCUCCACUGUAGAAGGAAACUGGGAGAGAGAAGAGCCAAAAGAGGGCUUAGGGGAAAGUUGUGGAAGGAGGUGAUAAGGGCCUGUGUCCGGGAGGGAGACUGUUCCCCAGGUCACAGAGGCCCCUAUCAGGCUGGCAUUUCCUCUCCGUCCCCACCCCCUUCCUGCCUUCCCUGGAGCUGGAAGAGAGAAGAACCGAGUCACACCCUGGAAGAAGCCCUGUGCCUUCAGAGGUCUUUCUGCCUGCCUGUAAGCUGGGGUUGGGGCUGGGGGAGGUGGGGGGUCUGAGGGAGGGAUAAGAGCCAAGGACUAGAACUGGCAGUUUAGGCUUUUGGGGGCAAGGGUAGGAGAGGGGAGUGGAGAGAUUGAGAGGCGUGGGAGCUGAGUUUCUGGAAGGGAUCCUGGAGGCAGCAGCUGGGUCUAGGGCCUGGGGGAAUAAUGCCGGGGGCCAGUGGGGUGCCCACUCAAGCCCCCUUCGCCCACAGGUCCCCAUGCCUCUCCUCCUCCUGCUGCUCCUGCUGCCAAGCCCUUCACGCCCCCAAUCCAUCUGUAACGUCUCUGAAGUGGCCAAGGUGGAAGUGAACUGUGAUAAGCGGGGGCUGAAGAAGCUGCCUCCAGAUCUGCGAAACGACACAGACAUCCUCCACCUGGAUGAGAACCCCCUGGGCACCUUCUCUACGGCGUCCCUAGUGCCUCUGACUCGCCUCACUCAGCUGUACCUGGUUAAAUGCCAGCUGACCAGCCUGCAGACUGACGGGACGCUGCCACUGCUGGAUACCCUGGAUAUAUCCCAUAACAAGUUGAAAAGCCUGCCCUUGCUAGGACGAGCGCUGCCAGCACUCACUACCCUGGAGGUCUCCUUCAACGAGCUGACCUCCUUGUCUCCUGGUGCCCUGGAUGGCCUGAGCAAACUCGCUGAGCUCUCCCUGCGUGGCAAUAAGCUGAAGACUCUGCCCCCUGGGCUCCUGGGGCCCACAGCCCAGCUGAAGCAGCUCAAUCUGGCUGACAACGAGCUGCAGGAGCUGCCCCCUGAGCUCCUGAAUGGGUUGGAAGAACUCAACACCCUCUACCUCCAAGGGAACUCGCUGCACACGAUACCAAAGGACUUCUUUGGGACCCUCCUCCUGCCUUUUGUUUUUCUGCACAACAACUCCUGGGAAUGCAACUGCGAGAUCCUCUAUUUCAAGCGCUGGCUAGACCUCAACGAACAAAAUGUCUACUUAUGGAAAAAUGGUACGGAUGUCAAGGCCAUGACCCCCAAUGUGAAAAGUGUACGAUGUGAUGACAAACCCGUCAUCGACUACCCAGGGAAGGACUGCCCCAACUCUUAUGAGAACAGCUUCGACUAUGAUGAAUAUGGCAAUGAAGACCAGAAUGGUGGUAAGGUGACUACCACAAGGGCUGUGGUCAGGUUCUCUACUAACACCGAAGUCCAUACUGCAGUCCAUACAACCCACCAAGGCCUACUCUACUCACCGUCUAGUGCUCCUCUACACAGCCAAACGCCCCACUUGACCCCAACCCAAGAGUCCACUAACAAACAGACCACAUUGCCAAAUAUCACGGAAUUCAUCAUAUUCUCCAAAACUCCAAACCCCACUACUGAACCCACCAACAAACAGACCACAUUGCCAAAUAUCACGGAAUUCAUCAUAUUCUCCAAAACUCCAAACCCCACUACUGAACCCACCAACAAACAGACCACAUUGCCAAAUAUCACGGAAUUCAUCAUAUUCUCCAAAACUCCAAACCCCACUACUGAACCCACCAACAAACAGACCACAUUGCCAAAUAUCACGGAAUUCAUCAUAUUCUCCAAAACUCCAAACCCCACUACUGAACCCACCAACACCCCAACCACCACAAAACUCACCUCAGUCUCUGCUACCUUAGAACCCAUCCCUGAAUCUGAAAUCUUGAAGGUCCAUGAGGCGGCUCAAGAGAAUUUAGAUAGCUCCAGAAAUGACCCUUUUCUCAACCCUGACUUUUGCUGCCUUCUCCCCCUGGGCUUCUACAUUUUGGUUCUCCUCUGGCUCCUGUUUGCCUCUGUGGUCCUCAUCCUGCUACUGUGGUCCUCAUCCUGGGUCCAGCACGUGAAACCUCAGGCCCUGGACUUUGGUCAGUCUGCUGCCCUGGCCACAGCCUCACACACCACACAUCUGGAGCUGCAGAGGGGAAAGCAAGUGACUGUGGCCCGGGCCUGGCUGCUUUUCCAUCGAGGGUCACUCCCCACUGUCCGCUCCAGCCUUUUCCUGUGGGUACGGCCUAAUGGCCGUGUGGGGCCUCUGGUGGCAGGGCGGCGGCCCUCAGCCCUGAGUCUGGGUCGUGGUCAUGACCUGCUGGGUACAGUUGGCAUUAGGUACUCUGGCCACAGCCUCUGAGGGGGGUGGUUUGGGGACCUUGAGAGAGGCUCUGAUGGGCUUUCCUAUUGGGACCUAGCUGGGGUGGGGGGGGGCAGAGUAAGGAGCACAGGAUCAGGGGGAGGUCUUAAUUAAUUUUCCUUUAUCAGAAGCCUCCUCUUCACACCACAGGCACACAACCCCAGACCCAGCAAGUCAGGAGGGGGAGUGAGAUGGAAGAGUUGGGUGGGUCAUAGAACAAAGCUCCC